AUGUCUCAUUUGAAGCCGGCAGGAAAUCCGCAACGAGAAUCAGCUGGCAAUCCACCAAGUUCCAAAACACUUGCUCUGACUGUGUGCGCUGCUGCCAUUGGAGGGACCUUCCAAUAUGGAUACAAUAUUUCAAUCAUUAAUUCUCCUACCAGCUACAUUCAGACGUUUAUCAAUAAUACCUACGCAGGACGCUGGGGCAUAGGUUUGGAAACUACCCACGUGACUCUGUUUUGGACCCUCAUUGUCUCAGCUUUCCCCCUUGGAGGUCUACUCGGUGCUCUACUAGCUGGACCAAUGGCAGUACGAUUUGGAAGAAAGAAUUCUCUGCUUGUCAACAACUCAUUUUUGUUCACAGCUGCAAUUUUAGUUCUGUUGUGCAGGACCGCGGCGUCAUUUGAGAUGAUAAUCAUUGCUCGGUUCCUAGUGGGCAUCAAUUCAGGGGUCAGUAUGAAUGUCCAACCAAUGUAUUUUGGGGAAAGCGCCCCCAAACACCUCAGAGGCGCGGUGGCUUUCUCCUCAGCUGUUUUCACAGCAUUUGGCAUUUUCUCAGGUCAAGUUGUAGGAUUGACCGUAGUGUUGGGAACAGAAGCUCUCUGGCCAUAUUUACUAGCCAGCAAUGUGCUUCCAGGCUUGAUCCAGUUGCUUACAUUACCCUGGUUCCCUGAAAGCCCCAGAUAUCUUCUCAUUGACAAGGGAGAUAGGGAAGCAUGUGUCCGAGCACUUGAAAGACUCCGUGGUGGUGUGGCUCCAGCUCUGGAAAUUCAGGAAAUACUUGAAGAACAGCAGAAAUACUCAGAUCUUGGAUCUUCUCCUUCCGCAAAGACACCAUGGUCACUUUUUAAGGAUCCUGAUUUACGAUCCCAGCUUCGAACGGUCAUGUGGGCAAGCAGUGCCAUGAUGCUUUGUGGUAAUGACUCAAUCUACUUCUACGCAUCCUACAUAUUUCUUCAGGCCGGCAUCCCUUCAGCUAAAAUCCAAUACGCCACCAUUGGGACAGGGGCAUCUGAACUGACUGCUUCAAUUCUAAGCAACAUCUUGAUUGAACGAGUGGGCCGAAAGUGUCUUCUUGUCGGGGGCUACACUCUUAUGUCUUGCUGGACGGUAGUCUUCACAGUAGCCCUCACAUUGCAACAACAGGGAGUAGAGGGUAUGUCAUACCUCAGCAUGGUAUGCGUGUUGACUUACAUCCUUAGUUUCGGUUUGGGCCCUGCAGGCGUGACAGGAAUCCUGCCCGCUGAGAUCUUUGAUCAGACAGCACGUCCGGCUGCAUACAUGAUCGCCGGAUCGCUAAUGUGGUUUAGUCUCUUCCUGGUAGGAAUGUUGUUUCCCUUCAUUGUCAGCAGUCUGGGGAGCUUCUGUUUCCUGCCGUUUUUUGCCGUGUGUUUGCUGUCAGCUGUGUUUUUGGGGCUCACGUUCCCAGAAACGAAAGGCAGAAGCCUGCCCGAGAUCACUGCAGCGUUUGAUGAAAAGAACAGAGGGAAGAUGCGAGCUAAGCGGGUGAAUGAGCUUGUGGAAGAUCGCAAUGAGAUGGAGGAAAUUACUGACUUUACUUCCUUACAUGAAGGUCUGGAGAACCAAGACUGA